AUGCAGAGCACAACGAAGUUAGAGCAAAUCGGAUCGACGCGCAACUUGUCAGCCACGAGAGGAAAGAAGUCUGCACAAUUGAAAUUGAUUGAGAGUAGAGCCAAAAAAGAUGAGGAGAAGACACUCAAGUAUGGGCCCAUGAUGUGGGAGCUGAAGGAGAGAUACAAUGGUUACAGGGUUGAACGGUACAACGUAAUAAUUGACGUACUGGGUGGAUACUCUAAACACCUAAAGAAGUCGGUGAGGAAGCUACUAGGAGCGAGAGCACACGGAGCGUACUUGAGCGGAUACAGAAGUCGCGGUCAUCUCAAACACUUUGAACAUUGCCAGAAAAUUUAGGAUAAAUACUUAGUUAGGGCGCUAAGGACACCAGAUUUUAGGGGUUUUCUUCUCUAGAAAUCCAGAAACACAAGUUUACUGAUGUUCUUACUUAGAUUUUAUAGAGUAUUAGGGUUUGAUAUUAUUCUAAAUAGGCUUUUAGUAGAGAUAACCACAUUAUGAUGGCCUCGUUUAGGUAUAUAAGAGAUAAUGAGAGUAUAAAAACUGAAUAAUUUUCUAAAUAAGUUUUAGUAGAGAUAAUUAUAUCAUCAUGUCUUUGCGUAGGUUUUACAGAGUAUAAGAAUUUAAUAAUAUUAUAAAUUGGCUUUUUAAGUAGAGAGAUUCAUAUCAUUAUGUAUAUUAGGAUUGUAUUAGGUUUCGUUCCGACCUUUUUUUACUUCUAUAAGUAUAGCUUCUCAAGUGGCGUAGGUUACAUUAUGCGCCUUAUACUACUCAUAAUGUAGACAGCAUUCCAUAGUUUUAUACUGCGAGAUAGUAGUAAGGCCCUUGAAGUCUUAGGUUCUUGGGUUCUAAAAGUAGAAAAUGUUGCUGUUUCCAGGGCAAAGAACACCUGUAGGAAUUAGAAAAAAAAAACAACAACAACUGACCACGACCAAACCAGAAAACAAAUAAUAAAUAACAAUAAAAAUAAAUAAGUAAAUUAUGAUAAUAACAGUAAUAAACAGUUCUCAUAAAUCUUAGCAAUUCCCUCAAAAUAGCAAUUUAUGUGGAAAACGUUGAAGCUUUAAAAAUAUCCUGCAUUCAGUGAACUUACUAAUUCGGAUAGCCUGCGUAGCAAAUAUUUUCGCGCGAAUUCGUCGACAAAGUUGGAACGAGAGCAACAAAGAGGGAGGGAUUAAAUGGUUUUUGCUUUUGUCACAACUUUCCGCUAUAACUCGAUUCGGAAACGCCUGCUACGCAGGCUAUACUUCAGACGGCCGAGUUGUCGUCCUUGUUCGGAUUUAAUGAAAGAAUCAGAAAGUCGAUCGUUAUAAAGUUUACAGUAUGAAAGCGUGGCAGUUAGAAAAGUAAAAAUAUAAAAAAAUUGAAACGACCAAUAAGGAUGAAACUUUAAAAAAAGAUAACAUAACAUAACAUUAAGAAACAGUGACAUGCGGAGGAAAGAAUGCAAAGAAAAAAUUGUAAAAGGGAAAACUAUGAAUGAAUGAAAAAACUUUUCAUCUUCAUUUUAUAUUAUUGGAUGCGCCACAGACAGCCUAAUAAAUAAACAAAAGAAAAUACAUAAUACAUAAUGUGACAGAAAAGGCAGGGAUAAUAAUAAUAAUAAUAAUAAUAAUAAUAAUAAUUAGACAAUUUUAUUAAAAAACUAUUAAAAUCCUAUUUACAAUUAAUUCGCUUAAAAAAAAAGAAAAAACUAUUCAUUCAAAAACACUAUUUACAAUUUCUGUCUAUUUAAAAAGCACUUGAUUUUAGCUUAAAAAAAAAAAGUUAAUUAAAACUAAGAAAUAAUAAUAAUAUUAAUAUUAUUAAUAAUAAUAAUAAUAAUAAAACAUUUAUAAUGCGCAAAUUCCAUAAAAUGUUCAAAUGCGCAUGACAAGAUUAAAAACGAAAUAAAAAGGCUAAAAAGCUAAAAUUACAAUCAAGAGUAAGCUUACAAUGAUUUAAAAAGCUAAAAUUACAAUUAAAAGUAAACUCACAAUAAUAAAAAGAACUAUGAUAAGAAUGCAUGUCGGAAAAGGUGAGUUUUUAGCUUGGCUUUAAAAAUACUAACUGUGCUGGCGCUUCUUAUGUCAAAUGGUAACGCAUUCCACAGUUUCGGUGCAGCACAGGUAAAAGAACGAUCACCUAGUGUAGCUUUAGGUUUAAAACGCGGAUAACUAAGUAAAAGGUUAUCACUAGAAUUCCUUAGAUUAUAUUUAGAUGGGAGCCUAGGAGAAAUGAGAGACGAUAAACAAGUAGGCGCUAAAAAAAUUAAGGAUCUUAAAAGUAACUAAAAGUAUUUUAAACCCGAUUCUAUAUUUAAUCGGUAACCAGUGUAAUUCAUAAAUAAGAGACGUUACAUGACAAAGUUUCUGUUCUCUAAAAAUCAGUCUCACGCAAGCUUUCUGUACUCGUUGCAGUUUAUUCAAUUCUGGUAGUCCAUAUAAAAGACCAUUGCAAUAGUCAAGGCGACUUGUUAUGAAUGCAACAACAUGCAAUGCGAGCCAGUUACUGUGGCCCAUUAAACGUUGUAAAAGUUAAGUAUUACGUUGAAAAACUUAAAGCAGCGUCUAGCAUUUACCUAAAUGCAUCUUAUGUCCCACGUGCCUGGAUCCUCCGGAUCAUACGAAUGUCAUUGAUUGCAACGAGCAGCCGCGCGAAGACGCGAGGCUGCUAGGCGGCAGCAUAAUAAUGCCGUACGCCAAAGUUCCAAGGCAGAAUGAAUCUCGAAGCGAUGUAACAUAACGUAGUGUAGGGUAACUUAAAUGAUGCGCGUAUAGGUAAAAUCUUUGCUCGUUGGCACUUAGCGAUAGGUAUAACUACAGUAGCAUUAUAGUAGGAGAGCAAGAGCAAGGUUUCCAACAGAUCAUUUGGAAAAGUGUUCCAUAUUCUAGCUGUCCGGUUGAAAACAGACCUUUACAAAGCGUUGUCUCACAUUUCCUACAAGUGAAGUGUAUUACAUUAAUAUAGGGCCGAAGAGAGAAUGAGCUGAGAGAUCGAAUCCCCCAAAAUAAGUCUGUGAAAGGUUUGAACCCAGGAGUCAUUUCAAAAGUAGGUUGAGUUUGAUCGUCCGGGAAAACGUAGUCCUGAAUAGGGCUGUUGUUGUUGACAGUGACUGACGUUUCGACAACCUGUGCGGUAGUCAUCUUCGGAGUCAAAGUGAGUUGUAUCACGUCAGCUGAUGGUAUUAUACUCUGGUUAUUGAUCUGAUUGGUCAAUUACGUCGCGAUUUAUUGGUCGUCUGUCAAUUAAGUCUGUCUGUAAAGUGUCUUUAUAGGCUAUGCAAAAAAAAAGGUAAUGUUCAAAAUUAAUUUGGUCUCUGUCUAUAUUCCUUAAAGUAAUUCCUUGGAUUGUGGAGCCCAUACACGUGCGUGGCGUAGCCCAAGUGGGAUCUGACUGGCAGAGCGAGCGUCUAACCAUGGUGCUACUCAUGACAAACCUUGUGUUGAUGAUAAAUCUGAUAAAUCUCAGCAUCUUGUUUGCCUUGGAGCAUUGUUCAGACAUGUGCUUGGUCCAUGAGAGGUUGUAAGAGAUGUACUCUCCCAAGUCGCCCUCAUCCUUGGUAAAGUCAAACUCUACUUCAUUCAAGAUAUGACAAAAGCCAUCCCGGUUUAGCGACACUUUUCGAUUCAUUGACGAUUUUAUUCAGCGCUAACGAUGAGGAGUUUGGAAAUCACAUCAGCACAAUUUAUCCUUCGGAACUGGAACUAAAGGACAAUUCCACAUCAACAACUGAAGUGUGUUCCCCGCUCCACGUAAGAAUCUCGGGGAGAGGGGGUACUCCCUUUAUAAGCUUUAUAGGUAUGUGCCGCCCCUUCGGGUGGGCGUGAUUCUGUGAGUGUUGAGAGUUCUAGGUCAGGGCUUAAAUCAGAGUGCGUGGAUAUUUUUCAUCAGAGCUUUCUCUGGUUGUUGCGCCAUACUGACGAGCCCGAAAAAGGGCGAAACAGCUGUCUAUGGCUACAAUCCCGCUCUCUUUUGAGUUCUUUCGGUGUCGUGUUGAUGUCGUGCAGAGUUAAUUUUCACGUAGUACGAUCAGCAUUGCAUGUUUUCUGCUUGCAGAAUUUAAUAUGUCUACUUGUCAUUUUUGCUGAUCAGGUCUUUAUAGAUCCUCGUUCUUCGGCAUAUUCCUUUGCGGUCCUUUGCAGUCCUUUGUGGUUAAUGUUUGUACCUUCGGGGAGGGUUUUUGGGCCGUUUUGGUCUGAAAACGGGUAUACACUUUACCCAUUUUGGUGUGGAAUCGCGUAUGGUUUUCGGGGAACUCGCGAGAGUGUAUGGAUGUAUUUAUCGUUUCAGAUCCAAAUGAGUAAGAAAGAAAGAGAAAUAUGAGAAUUCGAAAUGGAUUUGAUAAAUUUGUUUGUUUGCGCUCUAAUCUAGGUAACCAUAAUAUAACUUCUGCCUAAAGGCCAAAUCUGAAAACGGGUAUGGAUUUUAAAGGUCUGGUCUGAAAACGGGUGCGGAAAAUUACAUUUUUUGGUCUGAAAUCGGGUCGGGCUUGGAGAACCGGGGGCCACACCCCCACCAAGAAUUCCCAGGAGUACCCCCCGGGGUAAGAAUCAAGUUUGGUGACCGCAACCCACCUUCCCCUGAAAAUAUCUACGAUAUUUUCCUCAUAUGGAAAGCAAAUAAACUUCAAUGUGAACAAAUGUGAAGUUAUGCAAGUGACACAUGCUCGCUCGGGACAAAUCUGUCCUGAAUUUUACACCCAAACCAUUGCGUUCUUUGCUUAAGAUUCUUUUAUUUAAUUCUCUCAGCUAAUGGACCAUCAACCUCUUUCGAGAGAGAUUCUUUAUGAGUAACACUAGUGGGGGACGAACGGGGAUCAUCAAAGGGUGGAUUAUCUACGCUGAACAGAGGACUAGCAAAGCACUUGGCAUGUCAGGCUGCGGAGGAGGUAACCGUUCUACUUUUACAUUACUAAGUGAAAAGGAGAGGCAAGAAGCUGAUGAAUUUAAUAUGCGUCUUGCCACGCCAUAAGCAAUGCCUGUGUCUGAUCCCAUCCUGAGUUUGUGCUUUUCCUCUGAAAAUCUUGGUACUGAUGUUGUUAUAUACAGGCCAUGGUCAGCAGCUCGGAGCACCAGCUCAGAUCACAGCCAAAGGGCGCAAGUACAAACACUGCCACAGUAAAGAGCUUGCAAUGUUUACGGAAAGCGAAACAGCGCUACUGAAAGGCGAGGAAAAACAC